UGAAAAGGGUGGAGUUGAGUGUUGAAACAGAGGCUGUGUAGUUCGCAGAGCUGAAAAUAUUUACUGUCUGGCCCUUUAACAGAAAAAGUUUGAUGGCUCCUGCCCUGGUUCUCAGAGUGACCAGAGCAAGGGUAGCUUAGGGAGGGCUGUUACAGUCUGGUGGUCAAGCAUACGGAUUCUAGAAUCAGACAGACGUGUGUUUGAACUCUGUCUCCGCCACUUACCUGUUGUAAGACCUUGCAUAUUAUUUCACCUCUCUGAGCCUCAGUUUUCUCAUCUGAAAAAUGGGGAGGAUAAUAAUACGGACCUCACAGGAUGGUUGUGAAGAUUGCCAGCCCCUGGCCUAGAGUAAGCACUCAACAGAUGGUAGCUAACCCACCUGUGAUGGCUGUGGUUGUAGUUCCUGGCAACUACCCAGUCUGAAGGAAAACUAAAGUCAGAAUCUAAAUCUAGUGUCACGAACAGAAUGAAGGAUGUGGCAGGAAAAAUAAUCAGUCGGUAGGUUGGUGGGAGGGAGAAGGACUGACGUGAGGCUUUCGAGGUAAAGGGGGUCUUUUUAAGACAACACAGGUCAGGCCCCCCGACAUGUGAGUGAGGUGCUGUUUGGCUGACGGCUGUGUCAGCCGGUGACGCCCAUCAUCCCUCAAGGGUUAACUUAGGCUUUAUUGCACUGAGUCUAGUCACAAGCAUGUCCCACCUCUAUGCCGUUGUUUGUAGUUCGUUCUACAUGGAAGACCUUCCCCCAGUCCUCAUCUUCCUGGGCUACUUGCCCUGCCAGCCUUGCCCAGGGGGCCCCUUUGCUCCCAAGCUCCCUUAGCAAGCCUCCCCGCCCCCCCCAGUCACCCCUCCCUUUUCCCUCCCACAAACUUAAACUGCAGCUCUGAUGUAACAUCUAAUGCGCUGCGUCACAGUCAAGGCAGGACGGAGUCUCUGUCUUCUGCAUGUUUGGAGUGCAUUAAAGCCAGAUUGCAUUGUAGAAGCCACACCUGGUAGCCAAACAGUGUCAAUUAAACCCUUGGUUCAACUCAGUGACAGCUGAGUUAACUCUUGGGGAAUCCAUCUGGGACUUGCCCAGGAGCAAAUCCCUAUAGCCAACCAGAUAGAGAAGAGCGGUCCAGUUUAUAGACUCCGUGGAUCCUUUGUGUCCUCAUCCCUCUGCGCUACGGUGGCUCCUGCCCUCUGGAACACCUCUCCUAAGGAGUAGCCAGGGACGGGGAAAGAGGGAAGAAACUUAAAACCAACUCUUUGACUUCUUGUCAGCAGAUGUGGUCACCAUGAGGACCUAGGGCAUCUGCCUGCGGACUGUCCCCCCAGCUGGAAGUGACCAUGGCCCCCCGCAAGAGGAGCCGCCAUGGCCUGGGCUUCCUGUGCUGCUUUGGAGGCAGCGACCUCCCUGAGAUCAACCUCCGGGACAGCCACCCCCUGCAGUACAUGGAGUUCUCCAGUCCCAUCCCCAACCCAGAGGAGCUGAACGUCCGCUUUGCAGAGCUGGUGGAUGAAUUGGAUCUCACCGACAAAAACCGGGAGGCUGUGUUUGCACUGCCACCUGAGAAGAAAUGGCAGAUCUACUGCAGCAAGAAGAAGGAACAGGAGGAUCCCAACAAGCUGGCGACCAGCUGGCCUGACUAUUACAUCGACCGCAUCAACUCCAUGGCCGCGAUGCAGAGUCUGUACGCGUUUGAUGAGGAGGAGACGGAGAUGAGGAAUCAAGUUGUGGAAGACCUGAAGACGGCCCUCCGGACACAGCCCAUGAGGUUUGUGACCCGCUUCAUCGAGCUGGAGGGCUUGACCUGUUUGCUGAACUUCCUCCGGAGCAUGGACCACGCCACCUGUGAAAGCCGCAUCCACACCUCCCUCAUCGGCUGCAUCAAAGCUCUGAUGAACAACUCCCAGGGGCGGGCACACGUGCUGGCACAGCCCGAGGCCAUCAGCACCAUCGCACAGAGCCUGCGCACGGAGAACAGCAAGACCAAGGUGGCCGUGCUGGAGAUCCUGGGCGCCGUGUGCCUGGUGCCUGGCGGCCACAAGAAGGUGCUGCAGGCCAUGCUACACUACCAGGUGUACGCAGCCGAGCGGACGCGCUUCCAGACACUGCUGAAUGAGCUGGACCGAAGUCUGGGCCGGUACCGAGAUGAAGUGAAUCUGAAAACAGCCAUCAUGUCCUUUAUCAACGCUGUCCUCAAUGCUGGCGCUGGAGAGGAUAAUCUGGAGUUCCGUCUACAUCUACGGUACGAGUUCCUGAUGCUGGGGAUACAGCCUGUGAUUGACAAACUCCGGCAGCACGAGAAUGCCAUCCUGGACAAGCAUUUGGACUUCUUCGAGAUGGUCCGGAACGAGGAUGACCUGGAGCUAGCCAGGAGGUUUGACAUGGUCCACAUCGACACCAAGAGUGCUUCCCAGAUGUUUGAGCUGAUCCACAAGAAACUGAAGCACACAGAGGCCUACCCCUGCCUGCUGUCUGUCCUGCACCACUGCCUGCAGAUGCCCUACAAGAGGAACUUCCAGCAGUGGCAGCUCCUGGACCGCAUCCUCCAGCAGAUCGUCCUCCAGGAUGAGAGGGGUAUGGAUCCUGACCUGGCUCCCUUGGAGAACUUCAACGUCAAGAACAUCGUCAACAUGAUCUUCAACUCUGUCCCAGAGGGGUUGGACUCUAAGGGUCCUUUCAGCUUUCUCAGACCAUGGAGAGACAGGCUCAUCAAUGAGAACGAAGUGAAACAGUGGCGAGACCAAGCGGAGAAGUUCCGGAAAGAACACGCGGAGCUGGUGAGCAGGCUGGAGAGGAAGGAGCGGGAAUGCGAGACCAAGACGUUGGAGAGGGAAGAGAUGAUGCGGACACUGAACAAGAUGAAGGACAAGCUGGCCCGAGAGUCCCAGGAGCUGCGCCAGGCUCGGGGACAAGUGGCAGAGCUGGUGGCCCAACUCAGUGAAAUCUCAACAGGACCUGUAUCUUCCCCACCUCCCCCUGGGGGCCCACUUACCUUGUCUUCCUCGAUGACAACCAGUGACCUGCCUCCACCCCCGCCCCCUCUACCGUUCACCUGCUGUCCCCCACCGCCACCACCCCCCCUACCCCCCGGUGGGCCUCCCACUCCCCCCGGUGCCCCACCUUGCUUCAGUAUGGGCCUGCCCCUCGCCCCAGACCCCUUCCCCAGCAGUGAUGUCCCGCUCAGGAAGAAGUGUGUCCCCCAGCCUUCACACCCACUGAAGUCCUUCAACUGGGUCAAGCUGAAUGAGGAACGUGUCCCUGGCACCAUAUGGAAUGAGAUUGAUGACAUGCAGGUGUUUCGGAUUCUGGACCUCACGGACUUUGAAAAAAUGUUUUCAGCUUAUCAGAGGCAUCAGGAGCUGAUAACUAAUCCUUGCCAUCAGAAAGAGUUGGGCUCCACAGAGGACAUCUACCUGGCCUCGCGCAAGGUCAAAGAGCUGUCGGUCAUCGACGGCCGGAGGGCGCAGAACUGCAUCAUCCUUCUCUCCAAGUUGAAGCUGUCUAACGAGGAGAUCCGGCAGGCCGUCUUGAUGAUGGAUGAGCAGGAGGACCUUGCUAAGGACAUGCUGGAGCAGCUCCUCAAGUUCAUCCCGGAGAAGAGUGACAUUGACCUCCUGGAGGAGCACAAGCAUGAGAUAGAGCGGAUGGCCCGUGCGGACCGCUUCCUCUAUGAGAUGAGCAGGAUCGACCACUACCAGCAGCGGCUGCAGGCCCUCUUCUUCAAAAAGAAGUUCCAGGAGCGGCUGGCCGAGGCCAAGCCCAAAGUGGAAGCCAUCCUGCUGGCCUCCCGGGAGCUGAUCCGCAGCAAGCGUCUAGCGCAGAUGCUAGAGGUCGUCCUGGCCAUCGGCAACUUCAUGAACAAAGGGCAGCGUGGGAGCGCCUACGGGUUCCGGGUGGCCAGCCUCAACAAGAUUGCCGACACCAAGUCCAGCAUCGACAGAAACAUCUCUCUGCUCCAUUAUCUGAUCAUGAUCCUGGAGAAGCAUUUCCCUGACAUCCUGAACAUGCCCUCUGAGCUGCAGCACCUUCCAGAAGCCGCCAAAGUCAACCUGGCAGAGCUGGAGAAGGAGGUGGGCAACCUCAGGAGGGGCCUCAGAGCAGUCGAGGUGGAGCUGGAAUAUCAGAAACGCCAGGCGUGGGAUCCGAAGGACAGGUUUGUCCCGGUCAUGAGCGACUUCAUCACGGUCUCCAGCUUCAGCUUCUCAGAGCUGGAGGACCAGCUCAAUGAAGCCAGGGCCAAGUUCUCCAAGGCCCUGAUGCACUUUGGGGAGCAGGACAGCAAGAUGCAGCCGGAUGAAUUCUUCGGCAUCUUCGACACCUUCCUGCAGGCCUUCUCGGAGGCCCGGCAGGACCUGGAGGCCAUGCGGAGAAGGAAGGAGGAGGAGGAACGACGGGCGCGCAUGGAGGCCAUGCUGAAGGAGCAGCGAGAGCGGGAGCGGUGGCAGCGCCAGCGGAAGGUACACGCAGGCAGCGCGCUGGACGAGGGCGGCGAGUUUGAUGACCUGGUGUCAGCCCUGCGCUCGGGCGAAGUUUUCGACAAGGACUUGUGCAAACUCAAACGCAGCCGCAAGCGAUCAGGGAGCCAGGCCCUGGAAGCCACCCGGGAGCGGGCCAUAAACAGGCUAAAUUAUUGACCUGGGGGACUGGCUGCAGCGGGAGGCUGGGAGACAGGGAUGGGCCCAGGGCGGCGGAGUGGAGGAGGCCGUGCUAGUGAUACUUACACAAUUCGGUGCUGGAUUUAGAGCCCUGGGCUGGGUCCUGGGGGCGGGGCUGCGUGGCAGGACCCGGUGUCUCCCCACCUGAAGGGGCUCCCCUCAUCUCCUCUUCCCAUUAUUCUUCCUGCACCCUGGCCCCAGGGGUCACUCUCUGAGGCGGACUUGGCCAUCCCUGGCCGGCCCUGCUCCCUGACCCCCAGUAUGGACACCCAAAUGUUGGCACAGAGCUGUUCCAUAUCUAGCCUGGAGAGACGUCCACGGACCUUGUCUAGAUUUCACGUGCCGUGGGGAGUAACGGGCGGGGGCACCCAGGCUCCCAUCUCUCAAGAGUAGGCUUAAUGGAACGUUGAUCUGGGGCGAAGUUUCCUAUUGAAAGGAAGAGGCAUGACACAUGCUAGCUAGAUGUGUUCCAGGAAAAAAAAAAAGGUGCUGGGAGGAUGAUGCAGGGACCAAGUCAUCAGGACAGGGUGACAGUGCCUGUUUCCUACGUCACGAGCCCUCUGGCCCCUCUCUUGCAUGUCUUAAGUCUCUCUCCCUUCCCUCCUGCCAUCUCCAUCCUAUACUAAUCCAGAAUCCCGGAAAACUCACCUUUGGGUUCUCACGACUAGGGCUAUCAGGUACUUGAUGGAUCUGGUAAGGGAAGGGGUUCAAGAAAGAAGACCCCAUUCAUCACCACACCUCGUACGUUGGGCACAGGGACCCUGGAAUGAAACUGUCCUUCCCCACCCUGUACAACCUGACCAUUGUCUUGAAGCGAGACAGUGACCUCACACGUUGGCUAGGGGUUCCAGAGGGCCAGAUCCACCCAGAGCGCCUAGGUUACCACUGAACAUUACUCGGACCCCAUACUCGUCUGACAUCUGCCGCUGAGCAGUAGGCACAGUGACCUCCUGCUCUGUCCAGCCUGCAGGAGACACUUCCAACUGCAUUCGUCUGGCUGAGGUUGGCCCUGGGGCAUCGGUUCCGAGGGCUCCAAGGGCAAGAGCUGCCCUCUGCAGUCAGUUACGUGCCACCUCUAAGGGAGUAAGGGGACCGCCUCAGGGGCAUUCAGAUGCGGGGGGGGGGGGGGGGGGCCCAGAGCAGGCAGGGGUGGAAAGCUGAGGGGGGCCCCCCCCCCCCAGCUCUGGGACCCGACUUGGUUCAGCCGACUUUCAUUCUGGUUCUCCUGUCCGUUCUCACCUUCAUUCUGUCCACCAGGAGCUGUCCUUGUGGGGCAGGAUGAUGGCUGGUAUCUACACAAAUUUUCUAAGGACAGAGAUCUGGCCAGUGGCUCUGACACCAGACGCCACUGUAGCCAGAUCGCCAACAGUGCCUUGGACCACAGACCAUCACGGCUGACUCAGCAAGAAGUGCUGGUGCCUUGGAGACAGCUGAGUUGGUCCUUGAUGUGCUAAACGUUGACGCCUGUUGUAUUUGUUCCUUGGUCGUUCCCAGGUGCCCUUCCUGCCACCUUUGGGUUCAUUUCUCCAGCUAAUUUUGUGUACAAUGUAAAAUUCAGUUAAUCUGAUGCAACCUGUCCCCUUCUCAGGAGCAACAUCUGCCCCCCCUCCCCUGUGAGGCGUGUUUAGGGCGGCGGGAGGAGAAAAUUCUCCGGGUGGAUGGGGAAGGGUCUGGUCCAGGCUCUUCCCCAACCCUAUUCCCUUUCCACUCUAUGGGGGAGCCGUGACCAUCCCCGCCCCCCACCUCUACCACCUCCACGCCAAGGCUGUUCUCACCAGCUAUUUCAGAUGACAAAUGAGGCUAAUGUACAAAAUCUGCAGCGUCCUUUUCGCCUGCACCUUUUUUAUAAGAAUAUGUUGUAAUACUAAAAAAUAUUAAAUCCGUGCCACCCCUA